CCUGUUUUGGCAAAAGGGUGUAACCCAAUUUUUCAACUUUUUGAGAAAAUACAAUUUCUAGGGAAAGUGAGGGCGCUUUUCCCAAUGAACGAAGUCUCAAGUCCGUACGAUGUACCAUUUUAAAGAUAGUAUGUGCUAUCUUCACAUAUUUUUCAUAUUUUCAUUCCGAUUUCUUUGGCAAAACGGUGUAUCUCAUAGAUAACACCCGCUUAUAGAUGAGUAUGUUGAGGCAAAACAGCCUAACUUAGUGUUAAAUAUGUUUGCCCUGAAAGAAUAUUGCACUACAAGCUACUUGUUUUAUGUCAGAGAGACGUAUCUUAUAGAUACACUCUUCUGCUAUGUGAAGAGUAUGUUGCUAUCACUGACUAAUUCUGCGUCAGAAAGAUGUAUCUCUCGGAUACACCGUUUUGCCAUAUUAAAGUUUGUUACUCCCAAAUUAUUAUUUUCUAUCAGAGGGCCGUAUCUCUACAUACACCGUUUUACCAUCAAAAAGGUAGAUUGAUCAAUAGUAAACAGCUUUAUGUCAACAAGACUUAUCUCUUGAUACACACUUUUGCCUUGAAGACUGUUUAUUAAUUGCUAGCCGGCGGCGGGUGUAUUCUGAUGUUACGCCCUUUUGCCUUGUUUACAACCUGACAGAGAGGGCGCCAUCAUUUUAGUUUUGACUUAUACCCUGACUGCACAUGUAGUGAAAGUACAUGCAGGCGGCAUGCAGACUAAAGGCAACACACAGCUAGCUCGACCUCGUCCCCAGGGUGUGUCGAGCAGUACGAGGACUAUUGUAAACAUGGUUGGAAAUAAAGUAAACCAUGGGGACGAGGUUGCAGCUAGCUAGCUGUCAUGCAAUUUGUUGUUUGCUUGGACAUGCAGUAGCUGUAAUACAAAAUGGCAAGUAGAGGACUUGUGAUGUUAAAAUUGGCCCGGCUUAAAAAUCGUAAAGCAACCCAGCCAAAAUGUGAAGUGCCAUCAUCAGCUGCAUGUGCAUUGCUGCACACACCUCAUCCAACUGCAGCAAUUACUAACCCAGAUGAGGAAGCAGCUGCCUUACCAGCCCCAGCAGCAAUGACGGUUACUGUGCCUACAACUAGCAAAGGAACCAAGCCAACAUGUGAAGUGCCAUCAUCAGCUGCAAGUUCAUUGCUGCACAUGUCUCACCCAACUGAAACAAUGAACCAAGGACAAGUAGCCUUACCAGCUCCAGCUACACUGAAUGAGGCCAUACCUGCAACUGGUAGUAUUGAACUUUCCAAAACUCAAACUGAGUCAUGUGCAAGAGCAUUACCUCUCGUAGUUGCUUUGACUAGGUCUAAAAGAGUUGCCUCAACCAUGUGGGUCACCCCAGUCUUUCAGCCUUCAAUGGAUGUGCCCAGUGAUGUGCAGGAAGCAGCACUGCCUUCUGUGACCGAUUCACCAUCAUCAUUCGUUCCCACAGAUGAGGAAACAGUGGCCUCACCAACUCCAGCAGAAACAGUUGCCUCGACCACUUGGGUGCCCCCAGCCUUUAAACCUGCAACUGAUGUGCUUAGUGAUGUACAGGCAGCAGCAUUACCCACCGUGACUGAUUCAACCUCACCCAGGUGUGUCCCCCAAGCCUUUAAGCUUGCCAUUGAUGUGCCUAGUGUAUUAGACAUCAAUGUGCCUGUUACAGAUGCAGAAGUGACGGCCUUGCCCCUUUUGCCUGCUUCAACCAGCCUUGUAUCUAAAAAGGCAUCAUGUCGUAAACAAUUGUUUCCGUCUGCACCAGCUUUCUCCUUCACCAACGCAGGACUGCCAUCUUCUAGCCACGCACCUGCAGCACAAUAUGAGGACCAGGACUUUGACAUGCAAAGCUUAUCAGAUGAAUCUGAUACAAUAUUUGAUGAUAUCAUGAUAUGCCCUUCAGCUGAAACUGCGAUAAAUGACAUGCUGAUGAGCUGCAUAAGUGGCGACAUUGAAAGACCGAAUAUCAUGCCUGUUACAGGCAAUAUUGAUCAGAUACUAAUACAUGUACCUGUUGAAGAGGAUGAAGUCAUGGCCGAGGACCCGCAAGGCGAUAUUGAUCAGAUACCAAUACCUAUUGAAGAGGAUGAAGUCAUGGCCGAAGCCCCAAAAGCUAAAAAGCGCUCUCGAACAAGUUUUGAAAAGAAGGAAACUAAUCGGGGGAAGCAUCCAAUGCUACCAGUUUGUCAGUGCUCAAAAAAAUGUCCAGAGCUAAUCCCGGAAAUCCAACGGCAAGCAAUAUGGAACAACUUUUGGGAUCUUCAAUACAACCGUCAAAGAGACUGGCUCGUUCAAAAUGUUGACCGAAUCCAGAAGCGUUCUGUUACAAACACUGCCAAACACUCACGACGUUCUAACACACUUGUGUGGCGCUUGGGAGCAAAUGUAGUGUGUAAGACUUUCUUUUUACACACUCUAGGUUACAGAAGUGACAAACUUGUACUUACUGCCUUGAACAAUAUUCGAAAUGACGGGGAUGUAAUUGUUGGAACUACAGGAGACAAAAGGGGUCAUCAUGAACCGAAAAAUAAACUUUCCCAAGAGUAUCAUGACAAAGUUGUUACUCACAUUAACUCAUACAGGCCUCAAGUUUCCCAUUAUAAGAGGCAACAUGCUCCCAACCGAAGGUACCUUCCGUCUGAACUAUCGAUUACACUUAUGUACAAUCAUUUCAAAGACUCCCUGACUGAGGGUGAAGUAGUGUGCUCUUACACUUACUACUUUGGAGUCUUUCAAUCAAUGAACAUAUCAUUUGCACAACCUGAAAAUGACUUGUGCAAGAAAUGUAUGGAACAUAAUCAUACACAUUCGGAAUUGGAACAUAGUUGUACUACAUGUGACUGUGCUGCAUGCUCUGGUUUUCAAAAGCACAAGAAUGAUGCUGAACAAGCAAGACAAGCCCUUCAUCUUGAUACGAAGAAAAUGGAAGAACACAAUAAAGUAAUUGUGGCAACAGUAGACAUGCAAAAAGCAAUAACGAUACCAAAAGUGCCAACUAAAGAUCAUUUCUUCUCCCGGAAGUUAGUUGUCUUCAAUGAGACGUUUGCAUGUCCCGGUAAAGACGGACAAGCGACAUGUGUCCUAUGGCAUGAGGCGGAGGCAGGUAGGAAGGCGUUCAAUGUCUGCAGCUCGUACGUUGCUUUCAUCAAACAAAACAGGGACAAAGAGGAAAUCAUAUUGUAUGCGGACAACUGCUCCUCUCAAAACAAGAACUGGACUUUGCUCUCAGCAAUGCCAAGGAUCGUAAAUGACCCUUCAGUGGGAGCCCAGAGUAUCACAAUAAAGUACUUUGAACCUGGUCACACCUUCAUGGCUGCAGAUGCUGUGCAUGGAAACAUAGCAACUAAGAUGAACCGUCAAACUGCUAUAUACGAUUUUACAGACAUUGUCGACAUAAUCAACAAUUCUCGUAAAAAUAUGAAAUGUGCACUAAUAGACCAUAGUUCAAUGUACCUGUUUGAAAAUCGUGCAAAAAAGGUAAACUUGGUUUUGAAGGACCUUAAAGUAAUCCAGUUUCGCCGAGGUUCUUUGAGCAUGCACAUCAAAGAAUCCCACGAGGAAAAUUGUGUCUUCAAAGAGAUCAAGCUGUUGAAGAAAGCUGAAGUUCGGGAGAUAGAGAACAAACUGUCUCGCAACGAAAAUCCACUUACGUCCGUACCAAGAAUGGAAGCACCAAGAGGUGUAGCGUUAUCAAAAAAAGAAGAAAUACUGAAGCUUACCACAACAAUGCCUAUUUACAAGAAGGAGUUCUUCGAGAAUAUGGUCGUAACUGAGGAGGCUGUAGAUCUGGAAACAUCGCGGGAGGAGUAAAAUGCAGUGGGAGUAGAGUGGAUAAAUUUGUAAAAUCAGAAAUACAGUCAAGCAUCUUUUCAGCUGGAAAUGUGUUGGGCCAUCCCUUUGUUGGUUUGCAAUACAUAUGAAACAACAUUUCAUGUCUGUAAACAGUAACACUUCAUUAUUUGAAAAAAUGGUUUGAAUACAAUUGUUCUAUCAUAACCUUAAAGAAGUAUUGAUGGGUACUGAUGAAGUAUUAGUUUGCUAAUUGGUUUAAAUUUUUUAAGUUGUGGAUAUUUUCCGUAUCAAUUCCCUGUUAUCAAUUCCCUGUUACUGUUAUUAUUUAUUAAAUAUGGAUGUUAUGGAAGUAGGCAAAUAUUGCCGUGAAUUUAAGUUUGUGUAUAUUGUGUGUUUUGUAUAUUGUGACUUCUAAUGUUAAGUAAAAUCAUACAAUAAUUAUGUACUGAUUUUUGCCAUUAUUGCAUACAAACAUUUGAAUUUACUUCUUUUUGCCAAAUGUCUCAAUGGAAAAGAUACAAAGUAUCUUCAGAUGCACCCUUUUGCCAAAACAGGCACGUCAAUAAGGAAUAGCUAUGACGAGAUACACCUUUUUGCCAAAGAAAAACAUUAGCAAAGAGUUGAGAUAUCUCAAAAUACACCCUUUUGUUUAAACAAUACACAUAUCUUGAUUUGACUAACAUGACAUACACCCUUUUGCCUAGAAAACAUUACAACCUUCAAGCCACAUUUUGUAGUCAGAACGGAGUAACUAUUAAAAAAUGGUUAUUACAGAAAAAACAACUUUACAAGAAGGACGAAAUUUGUUCUCUUAUUUAAAUUAUAAAUCACACAUUUAGUUAAAGAACAAUUUGACCAUUUAUUAUUGAAUAUCUAUAAAUGGUAGGUAAUUGAACUUAAGCGCCGUUUAUCUCAAAAUAUGAUUUUUUGAGAUACACCCUUUUGCC